AUGGAUGGAGAAGGAGGAUCGUCUGGGCUGGCCAAAUCAGCCGCAGUAAAACUGUCCGAGAUGGGGGAGAGAACCAAACAGUUAGGCACCGCCAUUAGGGACCCUCACCAGCAGAGACGGAUCAUAUUAGUGAUUGUUUGCGUUGCUCUCCUGUUGGACAAUAUGCUCUACAUGGUAAUCGUGCCAAUUAUCCCAGACUAUCUUAUAGAGCUGGAGAGUGAGCAGUCAGAGCACGUCCACGUAGUGAUGCACCCUAACUCUUCAGCCAACAGCACAAGCCAAGACAAAAGCAACAAGGACAAUUUAGAUGUCCAGAUAGGAGUACUUUUUGCGUCCAAAGCCAUCCUGCAGCUCUUAGUUAACCCGCUCUCUGGGACUUUCAUAGACCGGGUUGGAUAUGACAUUCCUCUUUUAAUCGGACUCGGUGUUAUGUUCUUCUCCACCUGCAUUUUUGCCAUCGGGGAGAACUAUGCCACGCUGUUUGUCGCAAGAAGUUUGCAAGGUCUGGGGUCUGCGUUCGCGGACACUUCUGGGAUCGCGAUGAUAGCAGACAAGUACACGGAGGAGGCGGAGAGGAGCAGGGCGCUGGGGAUCGCCCUGGCGUUCAUCUCGUUCGGGAGCCUGGUGGCGCCUCCUUUCGGGGGCGUCCUGUACGAGUUCGCAGGGAAGAAAGUUCCCUUCAUUGUGCUCGCGUGCAUCUGCCUGGCGGACGGCUUCCUGCUGCUUACAGUCAUCAAGCCCUUCUCCAACAGGACUAGAGAGAACAUGCCUGUGGGCACCCCAAUUUACAGACUCAUGAUUGACCCCUACAUAGCUGUGGUGGCUGGGGCGCUCACAGUGUGCAACAUCCCCCUGGCCUUCCUGGAGCCCACUAUAGCCAACUGGAUGGAGACCACCAUGCACUCCUCUCAGUGGGAGAUGGGGCUCACAUGGCUCCCUGCAUUUUUCCCGCAUGUCCUCGGUGUGUACAUAACUGUUAAAUUAGCUGCGAAGCAUCCAAACUUGCAGUGGUUCUACGGAGCUGUAGGCAUGGUUAUCAUAGGCGCGAGCUCCUGCACAGUCCCUGCAUGCAAAAGUUUUGGACAGCUUAUUGCGCCACUUUGCGGCAUUUGUUUUGGCAUUGCGCUUGUAGACACUGCGCUCCUGCCUACUCUCGCCUUCUUAGUCGACGUGCGUCACGUUUCAGUGUAUGGAAGUGUUUACGCUAUAGCAGAUAUCUCUUACUCUGUCGCUUACGCUAUGGGUCCUAUAGUAGCCGGGCAGAUCGUGCACACUCUCGGCUUUGUGCAGCUCAAUCUAGGGAUGGGUCUAGUUAAUGUGCUUUACGCGCCAGCUCUCCUGCUGCUGCGCAACGUGUGCCAAAUGAAACCGUCCUACUCCGAGAGAGAUAACCUGUUAGAGGAGGCUCCACAGGGGCUGUACGAUACUAUCAGGAUGGAAGAGAGGAGGGCGAAAAAGAAGGGCUACAGUACUGCAGGGAACUGUCUGCCAGUAGAUGAAAACGGGUUCGAUCCCUUCAAAGCACAGCGGUCUUUGUCAGAAGAGUCGUCCGGUCCGGAGUACACCUAA